AUGACCGGCGCCUCUACGCAGUCGCAGCCCAGUCUGUCUCCUCCCUCGCAUGCCUACAGCACCCAUCACACACCCUUCACUCGAAUCACCAAGUAUAGGCUCAGUCAACCGACUGCUUUGAAAGUGAAUAUGCCUGGGAACACGCACAAUGACGGCUCCGGUGAUGUGAAAGAUGGCAAGACGUCAUCCGAGGGUCUGACAUUUGAGGAGAUUGUCAAGAACAAGGCACCUGCGCCUUGCUCACUGAAUGACUUCAUGGACUACCUGGUCUAUGUGGAUAAGAAGGCAGAGAACCUCCAGUUCUUCCUCUGGUAUUGUGACUACAUAGAUCGGUGGAGCAAGUUGUCCCCGGAAGAAAAGGAGCUGUCGCCGAUCUGGGACCCCGACCAGGAGAAGCAAGCCAAGAACCGCGUCAGCAUCUCGACUCACAGGAGGAAAGACAGCGAUAAGCUGGACAAGAUACUCCGGAUCAUGGAGAAAGACAAGGGCUCAAAGACGGGCGACCGUGCCGGCCUCCAACAUGGAAGGAACUUGUCUAUCUCGAGAUCGCUGCACGAGCGUGCUGAUUCACGAAGUGGCCAUCCAGUCUACUCGAUGCAACCGUUUAGAGAUGAGGUGACCAAGGCAAUCCGCACAUAUGUCGCCGAGUCCUCGCCCCGUCAGCUGGACCUCUUUCCACAAGAGCGGACGGCAUGUCUUCAUUCGAUACAGCACACUACCCACCCAUCGGCUCUCCUCCCAGCCUUUCUGUCAGCUGAGUCGGACCUGAAGACCACAUCACAUCCGGCCUUUACACGCUGGAGCGUCCGCAACGCGAACCGCCCGCGACUCGUCUUCCUCGGCCUCUUGGCCACGCUGGUCAUCCUGGUGGGCUUUGCUGUCGACGUCUUGCUCGUGAUGUCCCGAAUGGACCGCCUGUGGCGGAUCGCCUGCGUCGGCAUCUGGUGGCCGGGGUUUGCGGUUCUGUUUGCUGCCGCCAACGGCAUCUGCCUGAGCUUGUACACGAAACAGCUGCGGCACCUGCGGCCCUGGGAGCAGUUCCCGGAUGCCGUGGCCGAUGAUGACGACGACAAAUCUGCCUGGAGCGAGGUAGAUCCGGUGGACAAGGCAGAGAAGGGCGGUGGCAAGCAUGCUCCCAGGGUAUCGCACAAGAGGAACUUUAGUCAGGUAGAUCCCCUGCGCAAGGCCAGCCUGCAGUCGUUCGGUCCGGCGAACGAGUGGUCCGGAGAGCCCUGGGUGCAGCGGUAUAGGAAGCUGAGCUGGUACCGCAAGGUGUUUGCGCCGUCGGUGCGGGUUCCGCGGACGGGAUUGAGACGGCUUCAGCUCCGGGUUGUGGCGUGGUGUCUUGCUGGGGCGCUCUUGGUCUCGACUGUCCUGGUGGUGAUGUCUCUUGUCGUCUCGGAGUUUGGUCUCUUCUGA